UAGUACUUGUCGACACAGUUCUCUGCCAUACAAGCAAAAGAAAAUUUUCAUACUCGCUCACGUAAAAUAUAUAAAAUUAUAAAUUUUAAUAGAAAAAAAUAAAAUUAAUACAUUAAAAAUACUAAAUCUAAGUUAAUUAAGUAUUUGCGUGUGUUAAGUGCAAAAAUUUACUCGUGAAAAAUGUGUAUUUGCUGAAAAAAAUGAAUUAAAAAAAGUGUAUUAUGUCUUUUUCGGCUGAGGUCGCCAUUUUUAAUUUUUCUGUAUUAAAUUACCUCAAAAAAGAAAAAGCAUGAAAAAAAAGAAGAAAUUUUCAAAGAAAAUUGUUACAGAAAUUUUAGCAGCAAAAGUAUUGAAAUAUAUUAUAAAGAAAUAAAAGUGUUUUCGGAAAGAGAUUUUUAAACCUAAAGUUUAAUAAAACAAAAACCAAACUGAAAUAGUUACAGAAAAAAAAGAACCAUGUUGUCUUUUAAAGAAUUUAAAGCCACAGUUUGUACGGCUAAAGUGGCUGGACCACAAAAAAAAGAAAUCAAAACAACCGCAGCAGCAACAACAACAAAAAACACAGACAGCGCCAAAGAUCACAAUUUAGUUUUACCGACAACAUCAACAACUGCAGCAGCAAUAGCUGCCGCCUCAUCUCCUUCCUCCAUCUCUAAUACUUCAUCCAACACCUUGUCCUCUUCAUCAGCAGCAGCAACAACAACACAUUUGAAAAUGUAUAAACUAUUUACAUUUAUUGAUGAUAUCUAUCGUGAUAUACGCCGUUAUAAUUCGGGACUUUAUAAGGAUUCUUACAGCACACAAUUAAUGCAAACCAUUAAUAAAUAUAAAAAUGGCUGCAAUGAAAUCUUUGGCAAAGUUUUAGAGUCCCCUGACAUGAGUUUGAAAUUGUCACAAAAUAUUGUACGCACUCUUGACAUCUUUAAGCAGUUGAGUACAUGUUUAUCAGAUCUGGAAGAAUAUCAUUACAGAGUGUGUGAGAUUAUGUCCAUAUUUAUAGUCUGUGAGCUUAGGCUAAGUGUGGAUGCCGCCAACACCCCCCAAGAACAACUUGCAAUAGCGCAUCGUAUUAUUUACAUAAUGCGCAGACACCUGGUACAAGAGGAAGAGGAUGCCACUCUCUACAAUAUUUUACGUACUUUAGUUUAUAUACCCAAAUUAUACAAUGCCCGGGAUAUAAUGUGUGCAAUAUUUGGUGAAUUUAUACCCAUUAAACCAGUUUCGGAAGUCAAUGUCUUGCCCGAUAAAUUGUAUAUGUUAUAUAUAAUUGUCUUCUAUCGUUGGAUGAUGAUGCAAAAAGAUGAUGACGAUAAAUUGCUGAUUGUCAACUUUGCCGAAAGUUUUAUGAAACCUUCGGUUUCUCUCUGCUCCAAUAACUUGUAUGGCUCUUAUUUGCCCAUGUAUACUACGCAUAGUACGGCUACUCGUACGAUUUUAAAUAAUUUAAAAUUUUAUCGUGAUAUACGUAAUGCUUCUAUAAUAGACAAUGCUCUUAAAACCAUUGGAUCUGUAGUGAAUCUCUGUGAUGACGAUGAAGAUGACGAUGUAAUUGUAGUAGAUGCCACUCCACCUGCCAGCGAUUUUGCCCAAAUUUUUGCCACCGCACAGUUGGAACCAUUAAAUGGUAGUAUGUCGAACAUUAAACUCGAAGAGAAAACUGUUAUUGGCACUGUUGAUUUGACCAUGGAGGAAGAGGAAACGACAAAUGCUCAAAGUAGCAUUAUAGAACGUCACGACAAAUGGUUAAAUGAUUUCCAACAAUUGGCUAAACAAUAUCGUGAAGCACAAUUACUAUUGGAGAAACAACAAUUAAAUAAUCAAUUGAUCUCAAAUCGUGAAAAAGAAGCUGUCAUUUGUUUGGACAGUGAUUCCGAAAGUGAGGAAGAGAUCUCCUCUGCUGUUGUAAGUAAGGAAACAACUACAGCAGCCGCCACAGCGUCAACACCAGCGGCAUCGGAAUCCUCUAAACCAGCUAAACAACAUAAACCCUGUGAAGAUUUAUUUGUGGAUAGUUAUCCUCUCACCACAACACCCAUACAUUGUGACACCGAUUUAGAGUCUUUGGAGGCUGAUGAUGAGGAUGAUGUAACAAAAAUAUCUGCUAGAUUUUUAAGCGGAAAUUUGCGCACUUAUCAGGCCAAAAAGAGCAAUCUAACGGAAACAGAAGAUAAAAACAAUACAAACAGUGAUAAUCAAGAACCAUAUCAGCCAAGAACGGACAUAAAUAAGGCUUACAGAAGAGAUAGUAUUCAUAUAUCCUCUUCACCGCCCGAAGGACAAGAGGAAAAUGACGAGGAUGAAGGUACUGAUGUCCAAGAUGAACAUGAUGAUGCCCUACUCAAUGAGGAGGUCGAUGAGGAAGAUGAAGCUAAUGCCUAUACAUUUUUGCCUAGCCCAAGUAAGAAAUCGGAAAAGGAAAUAUUUGCCAAGCAAAUACGACCAAUGGGACCUUAUCCCACUUAUAAUAAUAUGCAAGCUAAUGAUAAAGUAGUAUUUUCCCAAGCUCUAACACGUUAUCAACAGCAUCAACAGGAUAAACAUUAUUAUUCCGAUAGUUCGGAAGCAAAGAAGCGAGUACAAUUCAAUACCAGUCCCUUAGGACCCACCGUUCCUAGUUCCACACAUAAAAUGCCUCUCAAACCAGCUAUACAGCAACAAAAAUACAAAGCCUCCGAUGCUUCAGAAUAUUUUCAUUUACGUGACUUUGAUUGUUCUUCAUAUGCCGGCAGCGUAGCCGGCUCCUCCACAUCCAAUUCAACGUCUUCAUCUAUAAAACAUCAGGAACAGCAAGAAUCAACAAAUCAAAAAUGUAUAAAUAAACAAGAAAUUUUAAAAUAUACAACUAAUAACGUAAAAGAUCACAAUAAUAAGUGUUCAAAUUUCGAUAAAAAUUUAUUUAAUAACGAUAUUUCAUUAACCAAUUUUAAAAGUAACUUUAGUAAGGAACAAUUACACCCACCACACACACAACAAAGCACAACACUAAUUAUAAGUAAUACUAAGAAUAAUGAUAACUUUACCACUUAUAAACGCACUGAGACUUGUCAAUUGAAAUGUAAUCCUAUUUCCACAAUCACUAAACAAAGUGAUGAUGAUAUGAUUUUUAAGAAACCUUUGCCGGUAACCAAAAAAGUGUUAAAAUCAUCACCCAAACCCUUAAGGAUACAUAAAGUUGUUUCUCUAAGGAGGCAACAACAACAACAACAUCCUUAUAAUGUUAAGCCUAGAGAAGUAAAAAAGAGUGAAACUCCACAGUUAGUAAAUGAUGUAUUGAAGGUUUGCAUAAAGCAAGAAAAUGUCGACGAUAAUAGGGCUUUAGAAAAACCUUUAGCGGUUGAAAAUGUUAAUGAUAACAAAACACAAUUGGCUUCAACGGAAGAUGAUGUUGAAAUGGAUGAUUUGUCUAAAAUAAGUAAAUUACUUACGGAGAAAAUCAAUAGUCUAACAUGUGAUAAAACUGAAAAGUCUAAAGAGCUGAAAGGGACCAAUGAUUUGCUAAUUUCCCAGGAAUUGUCUAAGGAAAGUUUGGAUAAAGAAAAGGAAAGUGUUACUCCAAAGGAUUCAGAAGCAAAAGAAAUUUUAGUUGAUGAAAAUAUAACAAAACCAAAUAAACAAUUGGUGGAUGAAAGCAACACCAAUUUGUCAGAGGAUAAUGCCGCAUGUGAUGAACUAAAUCCUAUUAUAUUGGAGGAAAAAGAGAUUAGAGAGCAACAAAAUAAUACAGAAAAUGUAAACGAAAGCUUAGAAACCAAAGAAGCAACUUUAAAUCUGGACGAGGAUAAAAAUACUUCAAAUUCAAAAGCAGAACAAGAGGAAGAUGUUGUGAAAGAUACGGCAGAAGAACAGCCGAAGGAAACUGAACAGGAAACAGAAGACAAUUUGCAAACUAGUAGUAUGGAAGCCGAAGAAAAACCUAUCAGUGAAACAAUAACGAAAGAUGGUGACACUAACGAUACAACGGCAACACAGGAAUCAAAAAUUCUUAAUGAAGAGCAACAGAGUACCGCCAUGGAAUCCACAGAAACCUCCGAAGAAGAGGAUAGAACAGAAACUGCCAAACUGGUGACCAAUUUUUGUGCGGAAUUUUUGGCUGGUUUACAAAAUGAACCUUUACCUCAUGCUUUAAGUGAAACGGCCGGAGAAGAGGAAACAGGACACGGCGAUUCAAAGAAUGAUAAUGAUUUUGAGUUUGAAAAUAAUUGCUCUACGCCCAUUUCCAUGUGUCAUAUUGAUUUAGAUGUUAUGACAGAGAAUACCUCGGAACAGCCAGCAAGCAUGCCGUUAACACAGUUGGACGCAGAAGCUUGUGAAGCUGCUAAACUUUUAGAGGAUUUUAAUAAUAAAACUGAAGAUAUAGUGGAUAAUGCUUUAAAUAAAAAAGCACUCGACAGCAACGAAUCAAUUGGAAACUCUGUUAAACAGGAUGUUAAGGAGGCGGAUAUGGACAAGCAACCACUUAAAAGAUUAAGAGAAAAAGAUGAAGAACACGAAGACGAAUUGUUAAUUGAAACCAAGAAAACUAAAUGUAAGGAGACAGAUGAAGAUAGUUCAAACUCUUCUAAAGAGAAUGUAACAGCUUCCAGUAAUAUCGAAGAGUCCGAACACAUGGAAGAAGAUACAAAAAUUGAAGUUAAGGAAACUAAAAUCAAUAGCAAAGAUAACAAAGAUUCCAACAUAACCACCAGCAAUAGUAUCAAUGAGUUAAAGUUAACAUCUUCAAAAACUCUUAAGAAACAUAAGAAUAAUUCCAGCCACCCAGAGCUAACUAAAGAGAAGAAAUUGAAAAGAUCUAACAAGUCCACGAAAGUUCAAGAAAAAUGUCCCAACUUCCCAAAAUCUGAAAACGUUAAAGAAGAAGAUACAGAAGAAAAAUCUAACAAUGAAAAUACCCCAAAUGAAAAUCUAGAAACUAACACUGAACCAUUGUCACAGGAGCAUUCCCCGAAAGAAGAGGAAACGAGAACUCAACAAGUAGAAGCUUCUUUAAAUGAAAAUCAGCACAUGACCUUAGAAUUGGGCAAUUGGAAUAAGGGGGACAUGGAAAAUGAAACCAAAACUAAUGACUCUGAUAGCCAAGGAGUUUCAGCUAUAUUUUCCUUUCCAAAAAUCCCCAUUAUAUCUAUAUCGAUAUGUACUACACCAAAUAAUAAAACCUAUUUCAAAAUAUCAAAUCGUGAAAAUGAAAAACAAAUGAAAGAGGGAAAUAAUAAAUCCAAGAAAUCAAAAUCGACACAACAAGACUUGGAAGCAGAAACCAAAAAUGAAGAGAAAGUUGUAAGCACAAGUUUGGAAACGCAGGAAAUUGUUAAAAACCUGGAGGAAAGUAAUGAUAAUGCUGAAACCUUUAAUGAGGACGAAGAGGAGGAAGUUGAGGAGAAAGAUGACGAAGAAGAAGAAGAGGACGAUGAGGAGGAAGAAGAGGAGGAAGCUGAUAACAUGGAAAUUGAAAAAUUUAACCAUGACUCCAAUUCAGCCUGUUCUUUGCCCUUGAAAAAGAGACCCACACAAGCUGAACACAAUGAGGAAACAGAGGAUACUCAACUUACUUUGGCUACAACAUAUGAACAGCCACAAGAAAUAGCAGCCGAAGUAGUUAUAGAAGACACAGAUAAAGACAAGGAAACAUUAAUAGAGGUUAACCCGCCUGAAAUAAAGGAAAACUUAGAGCAAGAGCUGCAGCAAGAAGAUAACAAAACUGUUGAAAACGAAAAUCACUCCAGCGAAGCAACAUUUAGUUUAACUGCCCCCGAUUAUGAUGAUAAUAAACCAUCUACAAGUGCUAAUUGUUUAAGAAAAUUAACCGAUCCUUCCUCACCUUUCAAAAGACGUGUUCAUAUGCCGGUAAGAGCCGUAGGACAGCCUCCUAUACAAAUAGUGGCACCACAACUAAAAGAUAACCCUCAACCUUGUCUAGCGCCCGAAAAUCGGCCAAUGGACUCUCAACAACUGCCAACAGUAACACGUAUGCAGACCCAAACAACACAACCUUUGCCGGAAUCUUAUCCCGCCACUCCUAUGUUAAGUGUAGCUAAUGUGGAGAAGUUAAUGGAUCUCAAUCGUUUCAUUGAAGAUCUUUUAGCUUCACCCGAUGUCAUGACCAUUAUAGACAAUGCCAAUGCUUGUGGUUAUUAUGCCGAAGGUCAAGCUUACGAAAUGGAACGUAUAGCCAUAUUAGAACAUUACAAUAUAGCCAAUGCUAAGGGCAAUACAUCGGUCACCAAACCUUUGUAUUGGAAGAAAAGUGCAGGAGAUACCAUAUCCAUUUUCAAUGAUAAUGACAAUGAAUGGAUUGCUUUGCCACCUUCCACCGCCAAGCAAUUGCUUAAGUUAUCUUUUGUUCUGUCCAUUUUACAGCAACAGUAUAAAGUAAGUGAUGUACGCCAGCGCAUUAAUAUAGCGCUUACUUUCCUCAUACAAACCUCUUAUACCUCGAAAUUCAAAAACAACUCUAAAGCAGCCAAUUCUUUGCAACAACGUAUGCAAUUAUAUUCUAGAAGCAUAUCCGAAGCCACCAACAGUGGUCAUAACAUUUCACAACCUUUGCCUUCUGCCUCAUAUUUUCGUAUUGCCACCAAUAAUGAGGCUUUAAAUACAAAUUUCAAUGUCACACACAAUAUGGAUGCAGUGCAAGAUUUUCAACCCACAAAUUACUCUAAUAAUGCACCACAAAAUGAAAUAUCCUUAAACCAGGAGCCUGUAGUGAACGCCAAUCAAAAUUGGAAUAAUUUAAUUUCAUCUGUAACAAACACAGGACAGGUUGUUGAACAAAACAAUAAUAAUAACACUAACAGUCCCCAAAGACUGACAGAAGUUGAACAACAACAGCAACAAGUUCAAGAUAAACGCAACUCCUCCUGGGAUGAGUUAAACAAUGAUCAGCUUUAUAUCAAUCCUCCUUGUGCUACCAGUCCUCAAAAUGAAGUUAUUGUUAAUACCAAUGGUGUGCAGCUACACGAAAUGCCACAAAAUUUCCAAGAUCAACAGAAUAUUUUCAUUUCCAUAACCGAUGAAUCGGCUAACGAUAAUGGUGCUCUACACAAAUAUAAUACCAGGCAACAACAUCAAAUACAGCAGCAGCAGCAGCAGCAACACCUUAGAGCAAUAGGUGAUGAGGAACCCUCCUCCUCUUCUACUCAGCAAUUCUAUGCUAAGCGGCCUUGUUUAUCUAAUAAUAAUGCAACUGCUAAUCUAAUGCAAAAUAAUUUUUCCCGCAACAACGUUAUCAAUACUUUUGGGAAUCAAGAAAUCAAUUUACAAAAUCCUUAUCGCUUGCAACAAAAUCAGCAACAACAGCCAACAUCUUUAACAGUAACCAAUCAACAUUUAAAUGUUACCACCAGUCCCAGUUCCAAUUUUUCAGCGCAACGUAAUAUAACACCACAAAAUUUAGGACACAAUUUACCCAUAAAUAUCUAUAAUAAUAAUAGAAAUACAAACAAUCCCCUAGCACCACAACAACAACGUAUGAAUACUAGAUAUAACAACUCAUUUAAUGCUGCAACUACAGCGGCAACAACUCAACAACAAACUGCUAACAAAAAUUCUGAAUCAAAUUAUAAAGAAAUUUUACAACCCUAUAUAACCUAUUUGAUUAAGGAUCAUGAAAAGACCUCUAAACAUUUAUUGCAAGUUUUCGAAGAAGUUUCUAAUUCCCAUAGCAAUAUAGCAGAGAAAAAUAACAACAGCAAUAGUUUAAAUCAAUCGUCUCAAUUUAAUAGUUUAUUGCCUCCUUUAAUACGUAAUCCUCAACAGAAUCAUAUGCCGGGUUUACAUCAAUUACCCAGUAGUAGUGGCAGUGUAUUGCCCUCUUUAAUAAGAAAUCCUCAUCAGACCACAAUGCCUCAUAGAGAUUCGGGUGCAUUACAAGUGGUACAAUCAUUCCUCGAACAAACCCAAACCGAAUAUGAUAAUGCGCAACAAGCAAAGACAUCGGCAACAAUUUCCUCAUCUCCUACACUACCUGGUUUUGCUAAGGAAUAUGUUAAUUUUGUAGGCACUAGAGAUGAGAUAGUGCAAAAGCAUAAAUUGUCACAACAUUUGCCACAGCAAUUGCAGAAAAACCAUACUCAGCAGCAGGAGCAAUUGCAACAGGAUCCUCAACGCCUGAAUAGUGUUAAACGCAAAUGUCAGGAAAGAAAUGAUAGGUUAGCAGAAGAUUUAAAACGUAAAAUGAUGGAAUUUUCCUUACUCAAACAUAAUGUCCAAACAAAGCUAAUGGAAAAACAACAAGGUGAACUCAAAAAAGACGCCAACACCAACUCAAAUAUCAAACGUCGUGGUAGACCUAAAAAGAAUUUACUUACAACAGAAACUACAUCGUCUGCUUCUUCUACAGCAUCCUUGUGUAAUAGCGAUUCUAGUUGUGAAGCCUCAAGUCCUACAACAUCCAAGCAGAAGAAAGCAAAACAAACCUCUGCCCGGGUAACAAGACGUCAACAGAAUAAUAAUGAUUUAAACAAUACAAACACUACCACCAGCACAACCACCACCACUAUAGAUCAUGCCUACUUUAGGCAACGCACUGCAGCACGAGAAGCUGUCAAACAGCACUUAGCAGCAGCAGCAACAUUAUUUCGUAACAUAUUCGAUAGAGCACGAGCACCAUACCCCUAUAGCAGCGGACCUUUUUCACCCUCCUCAAUGUCGUUGGCAUCACACCCGCCUACACCAUCUUCGGCGACACGCAAAAAAUCUCGACUACCCAAAAAUAAAAAACCACCACUACGGCGACCCACCAUGGGUACUAGAGAAGAAUUGCAAAACAUGGAAGCGGCUACGGAAAGCAACAACAAAGGACUUUUUUCAAUUAUCCGAAAUCGGGAGGGUUUAAAUGAUGGCUAUCAAUCAAACGGACCACUUGGUGGUAUGCCUAGCAGCAGUUAUCAGGAGUCCUCAGAUGAGUUUUAUAGUGUCGUCUCCGAUUCUGAUAUUGUCAAUAAUGAACGUUAUAGAAAUGAUGCCAAAUUGCAUAAACGUUGUGCUGUGGUUAUAACACCCACUAAGGAGUUAAUACAAUACGAACGCAAACGUGAUCAAAUGUACAAUGAAAUAUUGCUUAAACAAAGACGAAAACUGGAGCUUAGAGCUUUGGAAAAGCAACGAGAAAAGGAACGUAGACGUGUGGGAAGAAGAGAGGAGCAUACGGAACAAACAAAGGGUACAGAGAAAGGCGACACUAGUGUAGCAAUACAAAGAGAUCGAGACAAAAAGGUGCGCAGAAAAUCAAGAAGUUAUACCGAGAUUUUCAUGAGUAGUGAAUCGGAAUUUGAAACAAAUUUCCAAGUACGAACACGUAGACAAAAGCAACAAACGGUUAAAGAUUUACAGCAGCCCUUGAAUAUACAAAUUGAAAUGACAGAGGCUACCACUAACUCUCUGCUUAGUCAAAUCGAUGCCCAUUUAGAGCAACCGGAAAAGAAAACAGAAAAGUUACAGGAGGAAAGGCCAAAAGUAACUAAUGAAGAGCCUGAGGCAAAAGAUAUUAAACAGAAAACUUGUGAUAUUAAUAAUGACAAAGGUCAAACAACAAAAAUGAGAGAACUUAAUCUUUUAGCAGAUAUAGCGCAGCAUUUAUCACCAUAUCAAUUAGAUUUACCUGAAACUAAUAAAACACCAACACCACCCCCCGCUAACUUAACAGAGCCGACAGCUACAGAGGUAGCAAAAGAAAAGGUUACCGUUACGGAGCAUAUAAUAUUACCCACAACUUUUGACAAUCUUUUGGAGAAAACACAAACACAAUUGGAUGUUAACGAGCAGCAGCAGCAAACGGCAACUACUUCUACUCCUUCCCCACCACCCAGCUAUGCUCAUGAGCCAAAACUUAAUUUAGCAGCUAAUUACAAUUCUAGUCCUAAGGCAAUGACUUUGCCACAACAACAAAAUAAUACUCCCUUAAUUGAAAACAAUGAGCAAACGGCUCCGAUGCCAAGCGAUGACUCGGUUAACACUAAAAAAAUCGAUGAAACUUUAGAAAAGAUUCUAGAAGAAUCCAUAAGUGUUUUAAAAUCUGUUACUAGUCCUGCAAAUAUCUUGAAUGAAAGCCCUGCUACUCCCGCAAGAGCACAGACACCGCCUACUUCUCCUGCACCUCAGUCUCUCAGUGAAACAACAAUUCCAAUAUUAAUAAGUAAUGUGAAAUCUUUAAAUCAUUUCGAAGAACAACAAGAGAAAGAUAACAGCGAGGAUACAACACAGCAUUUACUGUCGAAAACAACCGAAAUAAAGGACAAUGUUGUACUUAAGAAAACCAAAGAUCGGAUACAAGAUGCAACAAACUCCACACUUUUAUCUUCAACAAUUUUAAAUAACUCGGAAACCUCACUGCUAAACGCAGUUGCAGGUGAUCUCUCGAAUAUAUCUAGCGAAGCGGAUAUGUUACCGCAAGCUCUCAAAGUACCCUCGCUCAUGACUGCAGAUUUGUCGGAUAUUUCUUUAGAAUCGGAAAUUUCUAAACAUUUACCCGAUAUAGCAGAACCCUCACCGGUGGUCACCGACAUGUCGGAUAAUUCCAAUGAAUCACAUGUCUCCAAAGACUUUAAUCUUAACAACAGCUCCACCACCGCCGCUAUGGCGGCGGUAAUGUCUUUGCCAGAUUUACCUUUGGAAAUGCCCAAUGUAGCAACAACUAACUUGCCAGGAGAUACUCAUUUAGAUACAAUGGAAAGUAAUUUUCAAAAUCUAAACACUUCCUUAAAUACGCCCACCAAACUUAUGGGCGUAACACAACAACAACAGAUACCACAAUCUCACAACAACGAUUUAAAUACUCCCUUGAAAUUUCCCUUACAACCGGACCUGGAAAAUGAGGCCACAACAACACUACCACUUAAAGCUGUGUUAGAACCAGAAGCGGAUAAUAAUGUUACCAAAUUUCUGGAUUUAAUCUUAAAUAAAACGGUUACCGAUGCCGAAUCAGAGACACGCGAUAAAAUUAUCAAGGAACUUAAUGCAUUAACGGCUGAUAGCACAGCCACGCCAAGCGAAGCAAGUGAAAGUGCAAGUGCAAGUAAUGAGGAAAUAACAGCAACUCCGCCAUUAGAAAGUGAGUUUACAGCAGAGAAAUCGUUGGAGCUGGAAAACACAGAGUUAAAAGAUCAAACUUUGGAUGUAGCAGCAACAGCAGAGCAAGAAAAAGAGGAGCAGCAGCAACCGGCUAAGGCAAAUACUUCCUUGGAUUCACAACAACAAACUAAAGAAGUUAACAUGGAAAAUGCUAAGGAAACCCCGGCAAGUGCAAAUAAUGAAGAUUUGAACCCACCAAAAGAAACCCCUAAAGAGGAAAUAUAUCCCUUAGAAAUUCCUUUAACGAAGUCAUCAUCCUCCUCUCCCUUAAAGCAAACCUUCAAUAUAAAGUGUCGUGUACGACUUAAGCGACUGAAUAUAGAUGAACAUUGCAAGCGUUCGAAGAAAGAAACUUGGAUGGCCAUGCCCUUAACAAAAUCAGAGGAAGUGGUGGACAAAAGUGCAAAUAUUAACGAAAUGAAAAACUGUGAUAAUACGAAGAUGUCGUUGUCAACGGAAACGACAACGCCCUUAGUUAAAAAACCCUGCUUAAAAUACAACACAAACAACAAACGUGCAAAUGAGGUGGAAGAGAUUAAGCCGCAGGAGCAGUCAACAGCAGCUGCUGAAGAGCUGCCUUUGGCGGCCAAGAAAGCUAAACUGGAAAAUGAGCCUGCAAACAUGCCAACAACUUCCUUGGCUACAGCUACACAACAGCAGCUGCCAUUACAAAGCUCAGCUUUGGUUGUCGCACCAGCUUUAAGUGCAUCAAACUUAAGCCAAGUGAAAACUAAAACCAAACAGUUGAAAACGGUUACUUUUGAUUUAUCUAACUUAAAUGAAGAACUAAGGGACUCGACCUCUUCCUCCUCCUCUACCACUUAUCCCACAACUAAACAUAAAAGCAAACAUCACAAUGCACAUACAGCGGGCGGAGCUAUGGGUUGUUAUUUGAAAAGUAAUCGAUCACACAAAAAAUUACCCGAUAAUACCUUAAGAGCUGCCGAAACCCUACAAAUCUUUGUCAACACCAUCAAUGACAGUACACGCACCCCACCUCCGGCUGAGUUUAAUAAGAAACGCAGUCCCAUCAAGAACAAAUGUAUAGCAGAAGAUGAGACACCGCGACCACCACCCGCCUCUACGCUAAUGGGUACACCGCCUUGCAAGAAAUCCUGCACGGAUAAAGCACGCUCUCAAAUCAGCUCCUCUAAAUGUAAAGAUCAAUUGGUGUCUUCGUUGGCGGCACCCUCCAUAUCAACGAUUACUAGUGAUAUUACCACAGCUAGAAUCUAUACCUCUUCUCCUUUGGAUCAGACACUGCCCGAGUAUGAUGAUAAUGUCGAUACAGUGGCAGAUACGGAGCUUAUACUCCCCACAACCACUGGCAGUUUGAGGCGUAAAUUGAAAAGACCCAAAAAGUCUUUGACAAGACCCGAACCUGCUGAUGAUACCAGUACAGAUGAUAUUAGCAAUCAGCCGGAAUGUAAUGGUGAGGAUGAUACCGAUGCUGUGGUAGACAAUGAAGAUGAUGUGUUUGCCGAAGAAUUGCUACCCAUACCGGCAGCUAAUGAGCAUAUUUUGGAGGAGAUUGUAAGCGCCCGACCCACGCAUAUGGGCACGGGUACUGUUAUAAGAGAUGACUACAUGAAUAUAGAGGCCACGGCCACUGUACCGGUCUAUUUGUUUAAUGAUGAAAGCCGUGACUUGGCCACUCCGGAACCCAUACAAAGUAGUGGUGAUGCCAACACCAAUGUGGUGGAUUCUUCUUCGUAUUUAAACACCUCUUCAUCACCGGCCAAUCACAAUGCUAUGGCCACCGCCACGGCCAGUACCACCUCUUCCUCUACAACCACAACAGCUUUGGGAAAUUUAGAAAAAUCUAUGUUAUCACCCUCAGAACAUGAAGUUUCCUCUACCCAAGAAACCUUCUAUCAAACACCCACCAAAAGUAAACAAAAUGGUGAAAAUUUCGGCGAAAAAUCCUCCUCCUCAAACGCCAAAGACAAAGUUGGAGGAGGUGGCAGCAGCUGCUCAUCCAUGAACGGUAGUCAAAAACUAAAACCCGAUGAAAUUAAUUUUCAAAAUAAACAGCAAGAAGAUCACACCUCUUCCACUACGGGACUAUUGCAAAAUAAUCAAGUGGACACUACAAAUCAUUCGCCCGAAAUGUGUACUUUAACCCUGACACCCACAACCACUAGCACCACCACCAGCAGCUUAACGAAUAAUCGUAAAAUGCGUAAAGUAUCCACACACGAUGAGAUACUUUUCAAUGAAUUGCAACAACAGCAGCAGCAGCAGCAACAACAGCUACAAGCCGCAGCAAAUAAAAGAAAAAACCUUAGCUCUACCACCACAUUUUGUGCCGAAUCCACCAGUGAUCACAAUAAUAGUAAAACUAAAGUUAUAAACAAUAACACACUCGAAGAAACUAGUGUUAAAUCCAAUGGCUCACUGGCCAAGGAGGAUAAAUUUAAGAAACUCUUAAAAGAAGCCUGCAAACGAGAUAAAAAUCUAAGCUCUAAUGAAUUGGAAGUAGUGGGCGCCGCUGGUGGUUUAAUAGCAGGCACUAAUAUUGUGGUAGCGGGUGCUGGUGGUGGUGGUGGUGGCGGCGGCUCCUCACCCUCCACUACCACCCUUAUCAAUGAGGACAAAAUCUCACGUUCCAAGCGUAAAAAGCAAAAAUCCUCCAAAUCCAGUAAAUCGAAAAAUCACAAUGAAAGAUGUACAAAAAUUGUGCUUAAAGCUUCCAAAUUAUCAGCCCAUGUACCCGCCACCCCAAAUCCCCUAAUAAUAACUAUACCCAAAUCCAGAAUAUUACGGCCACCACCCACGCCCACACCGCCUACGCCCACAGAAGUUAAUGAACAAAUGGAAGAAUUCUUGGAUAUACCAAAUGCUAAACUUUUCACGGAAAAGCAAAAAGAAAAGGAAAAGGAAAAAGAUAAUGGAACGACAUUGGCGUCGCAACAGCAGCCACUGCAACAGCAUCAUCUAUCACCUUCUAAACAAGCACAAUCAUCAAAUUCGAUAACGAAAAAAGAGUGGCAUCAAUCAUCUGUGGCAGCGCCCACUAAAUCUAAACGUUCUCAUAGUCCGGUUAAUAACUUAAAGGAGUCAUCGAACCUUAAAACUAGUAUGGCUAAUGUUAAUGAAAUCAAGGAAGCCAAAGGCAAUAGUACAAGCAACAACAAGGACAUUAAGGAAAAGACUUCGACAGUGUCAGCAGUAAAAUCUGGCAAAGAAACCGAAACCAAGGAAAAGUCCGCGGGUUCUGCAACAAUCGUUAAAAAGAAAACUAAAACCAGCAGCAGCAGUCAUAGCAGCUCUAGCUCUACAACCACUAAUACUAACAAUCACAACAACAAUAGCAAUAAUAAGGAAUUAGUAUUUGUCAAGGAUAAAUAUGAUUUAAUUAAAAACAAAGAAAAAUCUCAUCAAAACAAUGAUAUACAGGAACAUAAAGAAAAAGUAAAGGAAAAAACCAAUAGCCAAGCAACUAAGCCUAUAGCUAAUACAACAAGCUCCAGCCAAAAUCGCUUACAUAAGAGUUCAACUAAGGAUAAGAUAAAAGAAAAAUCCCACAAGAACAGCGAAAAGUCUAAUAAUUUAAAAUUCAAUAUUUCUUUGCCAAUUAGCCAUAAACAUACAAAUUCCUCCUCUACAACACACUCCUCCACAAGCAGUAAUAAAACAAGCAAUAGUAAAAAUACAAAAAGCAGCUCCAGUCAUAAUUCCUCAUCCUCCUCCUCGUCCUCCUCCAACCUUACCACAGCUACUAAUGCUAUACAUAAAACUAAAACGAAUCUCUCUACAACAACGGCAAAUGCAACAGAUAAUAAUAACCUAGGUACACCUACUUCCACCUCAACCUUAGCGGGAUCCUCCUCUUCAUCCUCCUCUAGUACGGUGACAAUAUCUACGCAUCAUGUACGUAAAAAAUUAAAAACAAAGUAGCUAAGAGGUGGUGUCAUUGUGGUAGCUAAGGAGGAUUGGUUAAAACAACAAAAUGCCAAAAUACCAUUAAAAAAGAGAAGGGUGCUCAAUUAUUAAUAAAACAAAAUAACAACAACAACAAAAAUUUAAACAUAUUUAAUAAAAAAAAAUUCACAAAAAAAUAAAAAAAAAUAAUAAUAAUUUUAAAAGAAAAGAAAAUUAAAUUUAAAUAAAUGUAUAGUAGAGAGUUUAUUUUUAAAUACUACAACAAAAUACAAAAAAAAGAGAGCAAAUUAAAAGAGCAUAAAAAGAGAAAAGUAAACAAUUUAUUUAUAUAAAAAGUAAGAAAAAGGAAUUUUUUAAAUUUUUGUUAAAAUUGUUAAGGACUUUUAAGGUUUUAAAGAGCUUUAACACAAAAUUGAACUUUGACCUUGUAAACAAAAAUAGGGCUAAAGCACUAAACUUUUAUUUCUGAUUUUUUUUAAUUUUUAAAUAUUUUUUUUUAUAUAAAAAUCUUUUCAAAAUUUGCUUUUAUUUUUCUUAAAACAAAUUCGUUACUAUUAUUUAAUUAUUAAUUUAUUAAGGUUAUUGGAGAA